AUGCAUCAAUUUUGCGACAAUAACUCUGAAAGAUUUGUCAUGGAUCAAUCACAGCAACCAAAUGGUGAAGACGAGGUAGUGAGCGGGUCCGUAGUGACCCGUCCCCGAAAGAGUACUUGGCGUCCACUGCCUAUGGAGGAAGCGUUAUCAAUAAUCGAAAACAUUGAAGUACCUAAAUUCGUGAAAUACAUCCCUGUUCCGGCAGUGAGGGUUGGACAGGUUCUGGCCGAGCGGAUUGUAGCAAAAGAAAAUGUACCGGAAGUGCGGACUUCAAUCAAAGAUGGUUAUGCAGUGUUAGCAAUUGAUCCACCUGGUAGACGCAUAGUUAUUGGCUCGUCAACGGCAGGGGCGCCAUUUGAGGGAGCUGUCAAGAGCGGCGAAUGUGUUCGUAUCAGCACGGGAGCAGCUGUACCUGAUGGGGCCGACGCUGUUGUGAUGGUGGAAAAUACAAAGCUUCUAGAGCAUAAUAGUGUUGAGGAAGUUGCCAUUGCUGUUGACUCCACUGUUAACCCUGGCCAGGAUAUAAGAAUGCCUGGUACUGAUAUUAGAGAAGGAGAUUUAUUGUUGGAUUGCGGAUGUGUGUUGGGAUCAGCAGAAGUAGGAGUCCUUGCCGGAAGCGGUAGACGCUGUGUGCUCAUGUAUAGGAAGCCGAAAGUUUGUGUUCUGUCGACUGGAAAUGAGCUCGUUGAGUGCACAUCCGAUGAAAUACCAAAGGGACACAUUCGAGACACCAAUCGUCCACAACUGAUUGCACUAUUUGGUUCUCUUGGAUUUAAAGCAAUCGAUGCUGGCAUUGCUGCAGACAGACGCGAAUGUUUGGUUGAGGCUAUACGUAUUUCGCUGCAGUAUGCUCACGUUCUUGUUACCUCUGGCGGUGUUAGUAUGGGCGAGAAAGAUUUGCUGAAGGAUGUGCUUGUGAGGGACUUUGGUUUCGAGAUUCAUUUUGGACGUGUGUGGAUGAAACCGGGACUUCCUACAACAUUUGCUACAGGUGAAAUAGAUGGGGAUAGAAAAUUUGUCUUUGCUCUUCCAGGGAAUCCGGUUUCAAGUUGGGUUGCUGCGCAGCUUUUUGCUGUGCCUCUGUUGAGGAAGGCAGCCGGUCAUACGCGAAUUUUCCCUCAUGAAAUUAAGGUUCAGCUUGCCGAAGAUAUGACUUUGGAUGCUAGACCUGAAUAUAAGAGAGCCUGGCUGCAACAUGGAAAUCCCGUGCCACUUGCAAUUACAACAGGAAAUCAGUUAUCGUCGAGGCUUAUGAGUUUAUGUGGAGCCAAUGUGCUGCUAAAAAUUCCCAGUAAAUCCAAGGAUUGCGAUAUCCUCAGAGUUGGUGAGGUAGUGGAUGCGCUUUGGCUUGGUGCUUUGUAA